AUACCUAAGAGCCUAAUCUACCCAGAUAAUGAUCUCACAACUACAUUUGUGAUAAUGAAUAUUGAUAACAGGAAAAAGACAUGCAAAAAUAAGCCGAGCCAAUUAUCCAAUCCUCUGAAUUCCCGCCUAUCUAAGAGAUAUCAGAGAAAGCUAGAACCCUCAAGACAGGCCAAGGCCAUGACUCUGGCAGCCAUAUUAAUAAGGCACGAUAUGGUCAACUUUUUCUUUUAUCAGUACAAACCAGUCUUAUUUGAAUGGAUUGCCCUGGUACGGAAGACGACGAUACCCGCCGGUGUAUCUAGUCGGGAUCCCAGCAUUCUUACUGCAUUCCGGGCUUUAGAUGCUCGUACUUUCGUUACAAGGCAGAUCCCCUUGCUUGAUACUUGGUGGUCACUCCUUCUUUGAGAAGCUUCGUCGUUUCCACUCAGUCUCGCAAAGUUUCUUCAGCGAUGGAAGCCAAUCUAGAGACGCGUCACUGUAUUCAGGGUCAGCUCAUCAGCUUGUCAUGAUAUUUUUUGCCAUGUCUGGCUCAACCCCCUAUAGACAGCCUCGAAUCCCACCUUCUUACACGAAGUAGCGAAGACAAAUAAUAGCUCAUUCAGGCCAUCCUCGAUCGUAUUGAUGGCUUCGGGGGCGGGGUGUCCCUUGCUUAGUGGG